AUGGGUUUCGAAUUUAGAAGAUUUAAACAAAUCAAUGCACAAGAAUAUCAACUUGCAGUUUCCGAAAACAAAGAUCAAAUGGAGACAAAGGAUGAUAGUUAUUUCAUCAUUGUGGAUAAAGAAGGAAAGAUUGUUAUUCCAGACACCAUUGGAAUCAAAUUGGCUGACAUGACAGAAUUGGAAAUUAAGUUGGGAGCUCUUGAUAGGGAUUAUACGUGGUGUGUAGGAAUUUUGGAUGAAAGUGGGAGGACAGAAUUUAAGGAACCAUCAUCAAUUUCCAUUUCGUAUGGAAAGACAUUCAGGGAUAAUGUGGUGUUUGUGGCUGAUAAUUACAAUCAUGCUAUCAAGAUUGUUUCAACUGUGGAUGGAAGUAUCUUACAAUCAAUUACUCGAUAUGUGAGUUAUUCAUUGGGUAAAGAAAUUCAUGUGAAGAAUCCGAACAUUGUCAAUGUGGAAUGUUUCACAAAGUUUGGAGAGGUAAUUAUAGCAAGUCCAGACAAGAAUAACAUUCAUAUUAUUAGAGAAAUUAGUCCAAAUGAAUGGAUUCUUGUCAAGGAGAUUGGAAAUAAUUCACUCUAUUCUCCUUUUGGAAUUUGUAUAGAUCAAGUUAGUCCCUUCAAUUACAAAUUGAUCGUUUCAGAUUCAUAUCAUUCAUCUCUGAAAAUACUAGAUCGAUUUACUGGUCAGGAAGAACAAACAUUUGGCAGUAAGGGAAAAUCUCUUGGUCAAUUCCAUCACCCAUACGGAUUGUGCUAUAAUAGAAGACAACAGGAAAUAUUACUCGUUGAUAGAAAUAAUUCUCGUAUUCAGGUUAUCAAUUAUUCUUAA